GACUCGGUUCGGUUCGGGCGCGCGCGGAGUCGGGCGACCGCGGCCGAGCGAGGCGGUUGCACGAGCUGGUACGAACAACCAGUGUGUGGGACACGGCCGCAUGAUGCGGUCGUUUUGUCUGUAACGCGUCGUCGCGCGUCGUCGUCGUUGUCGUCGGAAGCUUCACGUGGAACAUCGUAACGUUUGAGCGCAACGAACGGGUCCCGACGAGCGACGAGGAGUAACGAACAAGCAAGAAAGACUAGUGCGGAGUUCCCGCAGCCCCCUCCCCCUCAAAAUGUGGAGUCCGACGCAUGUUCAAGUGACAGUUCAGAGGGCCAAGGACUUGCUGACCAAAGGGAAGCACAAGACCAACGACUGUUUCGUGACGAUUGCCCUCGGUAAGGAAAAGUACCAGACGUCGGUGAAGGAGAAGGCUACCAAGGACGUGGAAUGGCACGAGGAAUGCGAGCUGCUGAUCCCGGAGCAGGGCAACACCGCGGAGAUCGUCCUCACGGCUUUGCACCGCAACUUCCUGGGUGUCGACGAGUUUCUCGGCACCGUCAGCGUACCACUCUCCAGCUUUGACGUGUACGAGAGACCUAGGAACAGAUGGUAUACUCUUAACAGCAAACCAGGCAAGGAGAACACGAAAGAGAGAGGCGAACUCGAAGUGAAGAUUGGUUUCAUCGUGAAAGCUGGGAGUCUGACUGAUCUAAGUAAGAAAGAGCGGCACAAGAGCUCGCUGGGCCAACUGUCAAGCGCCGCGCAGUCGAUCGGCGGCAGUUUGCUCAGUAUCGGCAGCCUCGAGAAGCGCAAAGGCCUCAAAAAGCUGGCCAAGUCGAUCGGGAACAAAGUCAAAGGCAAGAGCAAGAACCGACUCGACGGAGAUAAUUUGAGCGAGAAAGCGGAAGAUCAAUUCAGGAUCACGAGACAGGAACCGGGCGAAGCUGACCCUGGAGUGAUCAGCGAGGACGAAGAUGAGUUCACGUUUGACGAUUUAUCUCACAAAAGCUCGGCAUCGUCGCUGAAUGCACCCGUGCCGAAUACCGUGAGCAGCGGCAACCCCAACGGAAUAUCAAAUGGCUCACAGAAUAACGUAUCCAGUGAGGUACACCAUACACCUCCAGCACCGACCAAUGCUGCACCAAGCAAACCACCGCGAUUUACUAUGAGCGCGUCCGCUACGAAUCUGUCAAAGGUCGACAAUUUGACAAAGGAUGAUGAAUGGGGCUUGAAGUUGUAUGGCAAGCAGGCGAGCAGCAUUCCUAAAAGGUGGGAAAGCAAGCCUAAGAUCGUGGUGGACGAACAUCAAGAAAACAAGCGCGAAAACGCGUCGCCGGCUCGUUCGCCAGUCGCUUCGCCGGUCGUUUCGAGAUUGAGAGAUCCACCGGAACCGCCCUGCCCGGCACCGAGAGAGAUCCUCUAUCCGAAGAACAAGGAGCUCGCCACGAGCAAGGAGAAACUCGCGAAGGAAGACAAGCCGAAGGAUAAGAAGGACGAUAAGCACGGGCCGCGAAGUCCCAAGGAAGAGAAGCACGCGAAAAAGGACAAGAAAAAGGAGAAGGAAAACAAGUUUAAAGAUGCCAACGAUGAGAAUCACCUGUCUUCCGAAAGAAUCAUUAUCGGCGGCGAAGAUGCAAAGAACGCCGUGAAUUUGAAGAGUCGUUUACCGCACGAAGUCCUCAAUCAAUUCGAGGGAAAAUCGAGAGAGGACUUGAUAGAACUGGCGUUGCAGCUGCAGACACAAGUCACGGAAAAGAACAAGCGACUUACCGAUCUAGAGGAUUACAUCGACGCGCUGCUGUUACGUGUAAUCGAAUGUUCCCCGCGACUGCUUCAAAACCCGUAUCAGAGGCGACUGUCAUCUCCCGGGCAUCAGUAGAUUGUUAAUUUUCGAAGCUCGGAGCUCUCCUGUUUCUAUUUAGGGGUCAUGAUAUAUAAUACCUUAGUACCUUAAUAUCUUAGUGAUACCUUCUUUUUUAGACAUGACUGACAAGUCGCAUUUGUUAUUAAUGUUGCCUCGUAUUCUAAUUUAUUUUCUCUCGCGAGUUAACGGCUUGGAGAAAGGGAUGUAACAUUUUCGCGCAGCAGCGUUGCAUAAAUCCGACUCCCCGUAAUUUAUUUAUGAAUCUUGCGAAUGUCGAACCAAGCAAAUAAGAUAAUUUAUCGAAGUCCAGGUUCAUGUCGCUGCGAACGCAAAAGGACGCCUAGUAGAAAAUGGUUUGUGGUCCCGUAAUUCCUCGUCUUCCUCCAGUAUAUCGGUAUCAUAACGUCAGAGUACGUUCAAAGGCUUACAUUGGUUCGCGCUUAAGAUUUCCGUCCAGUUGAUUCUUUGCCAGGAAACCAGCGAACAAACGACUGUAUUUCUUUACACUAUUACUUGUUAUUGCAUAAGCGAUCUAUCUCUAUUUUGUAAGCUACAUAAGAUCCCUAAUGGAGCGAGAAAUUCUUCCAUGCGAGAUCUGCGCGCGAGAUUCAAUGCUCUGCAGAAAAAGAAAAUACGUGCCUUGUUAACUGGCGCAUUAUUGUUAAAUAAAGAUAAUAUCAAAUGUUCAGUAUGGUGCAUUUAGAUUUUAACUUUUAGAAUUUUAUAAUUUUUCAUGAUGCUGAAUGCCUAUGUAAAUAUAUUAGAUGUUAUCUUACCAUACUUUUACCAAUUAUCUACAACAAUGAUUAAAACCUACUGUUUUUUGGAUCAUCCUUUUUCUUUUAUUAUUUUCUAUUACUAUUUAUAUUAUUACAAUGGUCGAUUGUUUCGUCUAUUUUUUUUUAUAUUGAAAUAUAAAGGUAUGCAAUGCCACAAGAACUAGCAUAUACUAUCUUAUUACAUCAGUGCAUAUAAGGUAUUCUUAAACGAAAUUACAAUUAAAUUAAAUAAUACUUAUAUUAACUAAAAUUAAAUUAAAUAGUAUAUAAUUAUAUAAUUACUACAUAGGAGCGUACAUAUGUAUGGUGGUACGUGGUACACCUUGUAUCAGCCAAUAACAAGUUAAAUCACCGACAAUAAGUUAAUCAAGGCAAUAGCAAAAUUGUAUUAUAUUGCAUACAUGCAUGUAUGUACAAGGCACUGGCAUGAAACAAAGACGUAGGAUAUUUUUUUAAAGAUACAGACAGGACGCCCUGCGGCUUUCAAACUCGAAUACCAGCAUUGUCGGUAAUCUUUGCUGCAGCAGUUUCAAUACGCUAUACAUAUAUCGUUUAUCCGGCCUAAAGUCCUAUCGAUCCUAUAGAGACCGGUUAAUCAGGAGUUUAUUGUAUAUUGGUCGGUAACUGACAUAUCGAUAUCAAUAGCUGAUAUUAUCCAACGAUUUAUUUUAUACAUGUAAAACCGAAUUUGUAAAUUGCAAUUUUUCAGUAAAGUACAGUUGAAUCGUU